AUGGCUGCCUGUCUUCCCGAGGCUGGCUUCACCCUGCCCCACAACGAGCCCUGCUAUGUCACCGGUCUGGGACAUCUCUACAGUGUGUCUGAACCUUCCUAAUUUUGUCUAUUAUUUUCCUGUGUGGAAACCUGGUUACAGUGGGGGAAAAAAGUAUUUAGUCAGCCACCAAUUGUGCAAGUUCUCCCACUUAAAAAGAUGAGAGAGGCCUGUAAUUUUCAUCAUAGGUACACGUCAACUAUGACAGACAAAUUGAGAAAAAAAAAUCCAGAAAAUCACAUUGUAGGAUUUUUAAUGAAUUUAUUUGCAAAUUAUGGUGGAAAAUAAGUAUUUGGUCACCUACAAACAAGCAAGAUUUCUGGCUCUCACAGACCUGUAACUUCUUCUUUAAGAGGCUCCUCUGUCCUCCACUCGUUACCUGUAUUAAUGGCACCUGUUUGAACUUGUUAUCAGUAUAAAAGACACCUGUCCACAACCUCAAACAGUCACACUCCAAACUCCACUAUGGCCAAGACCAAAGAGCUGUCAAAGGACACCAGAAACAAAAUUGUAGACCUGCACCAGGCUGGGAAGACUGAAUCUGCAAUAGGUAAGCAGCUUGGUUUGAAGAAAUCAACUGUGGGAGCAAUUAUUAGGAAAUGGAAGACAUACAAGACCACUGACAAUCUCCCUCGAUUUGGGGCUCCACGCAAGAUCUCACCCCGUGGGGUCAAAAUGAUCACAAGAACGGUGAGCAAAAAUCCCAGAACCACACGGGGGGACCUAGUGAAUGACCUGCAGAGAGCUGGGACCAAAGUAACAAAGCCUACCAUCAGUAACACACUACACCGCCAGGGACACAAAUCCUGCAGUGCCAGACGUGUCCCCCUGCUUAAGCCAGUACAUGUCCAGGCCCGUCUGAAGUUUGCUAGAGUGCAUUUGGAUGAUCCAGAAGAGGAUUGGGAGAAUGUCAUACGGUCAGAUGAAACCAAAAUAUAACUUUUUGGUAAAAACUCAACUCGUCGUGUUUGGAGGACAAAGAAUGCUGAGUUGCAUCCAAAGAACACCAUACCUACUGUGAAGCAUGGGGGUGGAAACAUCAUGCUUUGGGGCUGUUUUUCUGCAAAGGGACCAGGACGACUGAUCUGUGUAAAGGAAAGAAUGAAUGGGGCCAUGUAUCGUGAGAUUUUGAGUGAAAACCUCCUUCCAUCAGCAAGGGCAUUGAAGAUGAAACGUGGCUGGGUCUUUCAGCAUGAUAAUGAUCCCAAACACACCGCCCGGGCAACGAAGGAGUGGCUUCGUAAGAAGCAUUUCAAGGUCCUGGAGUGGCCUAGCCAGUCUCCAGAUCUCAACCCCAUAGAAAAUCUUUGGAGGGAGUUGAAAGUCUGUGUUGCCCAGCGACAGCCCCAAAACAUCACUGCUCUAGAGGAGAUCUGCAUGGAGGAAUGGGCCAAAAUACCAGCAACAGUGUGUGAAAACCUUGUGAAGACUUACAGAAAACGUUUGACCUGUGUCAUUGCCAACAAAGGGUAUAGAACAAAGUAUUGAGAAACUUUUGUUAUUGACCAAAUACUUAUUUUCCACCAUAAUUUGCAAAUAAAUUCAUAAAAAAUCCUACAAUGUGAUUUUCUGUAAAAAAUAUUCUCAUUUUGUCUGUCAUAGUUGACGUGUACCUAUGAUGAAAAUUACAGGCUUCUCUCAUCUUUUUAAGUGGGAGAACUUGCACAAUUGGUGGCUGACUAAAUACUUUUUUCCCCCACUGUAUAUGUUUCCCGGCCCAACCCUGUGGGCAUUAUGGUUCAGAAACCCUUACCAGGGUAUGGGUCAAUUCCAUAUCAAUUCAGGAAGUACACUGAAAUUCCAAUUCCACAUUUUCCUAAUUGAAACACAUUGAAGAAAAUCGAAAUGGAACUGACCCGAGCCCUGGCUCUUACCUGAGCUUUUGUGAUUCUGUUGUGAUCCUCAGAUGGAGGCCCCAUCACUGACAUCCUGCAGCAGGUCCUCGUGCCUGUCAUUGACCAUGCAAGCUAUACACAGCCUAACUGGUGGAGGGCCCUGACCACUGACAUGUUGGUCUGUGCUGGAGGAGGUGGCGUCGUAACAACCCUGUGUUCACCUUGAAAAAACGUUAUGUCAAAAACAUUAGAAAAUAAUUAUAAAUAAACAUUUAACUGAUGGAAUAUGCUGUUUUUAAGGGAAUGGGGUUUGGGGGUAAUUGUUUAAAUUAAAUAAUUCAAGUGAAGCCAAUAAUAUGGCCUCAAUUCUACAUUCAAAAGUAGCCCAACAACAUUGAAACUUACCAUAUCUCAGUCCAAUACCUCGAGUCAUCUUGCACCUUGAUUUCACCUAAUGUAACUUUUCCAUGAUGACCCAGGGUGACUCUGGUGGCCUCCUGAACUGCCAGAACGCCGAUGGCUCCUGGAUUGGUCAUGGUGUGCUGAGCGUCUGCUCUGGUCAGGGUUGUAACGUCUCACAGAAACACAGCAUCUUCACCAAAGUCAUAUCCCAUAUCGACUGGAUCAACACUGUAAGUGACCCCAGCUCCUUUUCACUGUGA